AGCUGUACAUGGAGAUCGGCUGGGAAAUUCGACCAGUGCCCUGCGCAGCUCCGAGACCGGGAAGCCUUUUUUGAGCCUUGAUUUUUCCCCCCUCCAUCGUCGCCAGCACCACCAUCUUCUUCAUUCUCGUCCUCUUCCUUAGCUUCUCCUUCGGGGCGAGGAAGAGCUGCGGAUUUCCUUGGUGGGGCAGCUGCGAAGCAGCCAGCAAAGUGGAUGGGAGCCGGUCAGAUUUAACCGCAGGAGUCGCUUCCCGUCCAGGGAGGAGAAGGAACUGGACCCACUGGGCAAGCUGGGGGGGACAUUCCAGCCAAGGGGAGGCUGUCGGAGGAAAAUGCAGGUGUAAGUAAACAUCCCCCCCCCAAGUUGUGUUCAUAUAUAUCUUUAAAAUCCCUCUAAGAAGACGCCACAGGAAAAAAGACAGCGAGGGAAACCCACCUCACCUCUUGGAGACGGGAGGGGUCCCUCUUUUCAGGGAGGACCCUGCUCCCCUUUCUUGUCUUCCUUCGCCCCUUCAGCCCCAACCUCCCGGGCCGCAUGAGUGCCGAGGGAGGCCCUGAUCCUGCUGCCUCCAGGGCGCUCGGGGGGCUCUGCAGCUCUCCUCCGAUGGCCACCAGCCUCUGUUAAGACGCUCUUCUCGGCAGCGCAGAUCCAGGGGCCGGAUCGGGGGCGCGGGGCUCCCGGGGCGCCGGCGAUGAGUCUGGUAGGGGGCUUCCCGCACCACCCCGUGGUCCACCAUGAGGGCUACCCCUUCGCCGCCGCCGCUGCAGCCGCCGCCGCAGCCGCCGCCGCCAGCCGCUGCGGCCACGAGGAGAACCCCUACUUCCACGGCUGGCUGAUCAGCAGCCACCCUUCGGAGAUGUCUCCUCCCGACUACGGCAUGGCGCUCUCCUACAGCCCCGAGUACGCCAACGGCGCGCCGGGCCUGGAGCCCCCCGCGCACUACGUGGGCGGCGUGGCCCCCCCGGGCAGCGGCGGCGGGCCGCCGGGUUUAGGGGGCGGCCCGCGGCCGGUCAAGCGGCGCGGCACGGCCAACCGCAAGGAGAGGCGCAGGACUCAGAGCAUCAACAGCGCCUUCGCCGAGCUGCGCGAGUGCAUCCCCAACGUGCCCGCCGACACCAAGCUGUCCAAGAUCAAGACGCUGCGCCUGGCCACCAGCUACAUCGCCUACCUCAUGGACCUCCUGGCGAAGGACGACGCCAACGGUGAGGCCGAGGCCUUCAAGGCCGAGAUCAAGAAGACCGACGUCAAGGAGGACAAGAGGAAGAAGGAGCUGGUCAGUACGGCCCCGGAGGGAGGGAGGGAAGGAGUGGGGAGGGAGCGCUGGAGCACAACGACACACACUCCCAAGCCCAGUCCGAAGAAGGACGCUCUUCUCCUGAGUUGGGAGCAGGGCCUUCUUUCCCCCAGAAGUAGCUGCUCUCGAAGUCUGCUUCCUUAGCAGUCAAGAAGAGGGAGGCGGCCUCCUCCUCCUAUUCCAGCGACUGUCGGAAUGCAGUUUUCCUCGGCCCCAUGGCCAAUGGUCAGGGGUGUUGGGAAUAAGAGGUGUAGCCCAUCAAGCCGUGGAGGACCACAGGUUUCCCGCCCCUGUACUUUAGGGAAAGUGUGUCCAAAGAGGACUUCGUGGAGCCCCUGAAAAGCAUAGCCCAGUGAAGUGCAAACACGUCUAGGAUCAAGGCAACGUCCCGAGAGAAUGGAAAGGGAGAUCUAAGCUUCUCGAAGGGGAGCAACGCUCCACUGAAACCAGUAGGGUGUACCUAAGAACGCAGUUAGUUGCUUUUGGGGAAAUCCCGUUAACUUGUGGAAGGUUUGCCUCCACCUUAUUGUGGGGGAAAGGAGCGUCCCGUGUCCUUGCUUUCCAUGGGAUUUAAUUUCCAAGGAAAUAUUCUGAGGGCAGCCUCUGCUAAAGCGUUGGCUUGAGUUCCAAGUCCAUUCAUACCCACGGAAGAUCGCAGCCUGCGAAGGUUGCUCUCUGGGCUGUGGGAAACCAACGUGUUGGACACGUGAAAUACUUCCCUAUCCUCUUCCAGAUGGGAUCACAGUAGGUAGGACCCGACUCGUUUACAGGCUCCCUCUUGCACACACGUUCUUUAUUUGAUAGAAUGGCUGUGAAUCCGUAAAUCCGUGGAAGAUUCCAGGAAGGGAACGCGCAAGCGGGAGCCACUCCAUCACUUUCCUUCUCCGACUUGAGAGGCCUUAGGGCAGGGGUGGGGGGCUACAGUUCCCGGCAGCCUCAGCCAGCAGGGCCAAGGCUUUGUAGUUCAGCAACAUCGCGGGGCGAGGGGAGACACAAACUGGUUUAGAGAGAUUGUUCUUUGCUAUCCCAAAGCAAUCCUUCUUGGCCCUUCAAAACAUACGGAAUGGGGUGUUUCCCACUGACUUCGCUGGAACAUUGUUCUGACGCUCUAAAUUUAAGGACCCCGGCCUUUAUUGGGGGUGGGAGAUGCCCGUAAACCCCAUUCGUUUCACCUGAACCAGCCUCUUGAGUGAUUUUAAUUUCUGCAUCAUAGGCAAAAGCUCCGCAAACCGGUUAAACUGGUAGGCUUUGGACUGAAGCUGUUUCAGAGGCCAUCCCUAAACGCUUGACCCUAAACGCAGACUCCCUUCGAAAGUAAAGUCGCCGUGAAAACCGAAGGGACCAUUUUCAAACGUAUCCAUUUGGAAACAAAUUCCAAAAUCUACGUUAGGGCAAUGCCUUUCUUAGAGUGACCAAAAUGUCACAAGAGACUCCCUUGAUGCUAGGGACAAAUUUCUAGUCGGUUUCAAUGCCAGCCUUUCGCUUUCGCCCUCAGUUGCGGAUCCGAGUGGAAAUGUCCCGGCUCCGCUUUCUGAGCUAAACUCUAACCGGCUCGCUCUCCUAAUCGACAAGUCGCUGAUUUCAAGGGACUCUCCCUUAAAGCAAACGGGAUUGUCUUUAAAUUAGUGAGUUGUGGAUUGGAACUGAUGAGUUGUGGAUUGAGGCCCCAGCCAGCAAAUCUCCUGAGAGAGCCUGCGGUUUAAAGAAACGUCGACAAAGACAGAUCCCUUUGGGGAAGGAGUAGGACACACACACACACACACACACACACACACACACACAGAUUAAAAAAGAUCAGUGGGGUUUCAGAUGUGCUGUUGCAGGCUGCAGUCCAGCGGAGGGUUGUGUGUGUUUGGAACCCACUUCCUCAUAAGGCUGUAAUCUGCAGGUCACAUAGUAAUACUGAACGCUUUAACUGGAGUUCCUGAGCUACGCGUUGGUCACACAGUAAGUCAGAAAGGUUCUAUUUACUUUGAACUUAUCAGGCAAAUGUAUUGCGGGGCGAGCUCCGCCUUCCACCAAUAAUUCAAAAUAUCAUGCCCUCUUCCUUUCCUCCAAGAAUUUAACCUAUAGAAUACGCCUAGUUAAUCGCGAGCGGGAAGAGGAAACCGGUUACAAUCACAAGUUUUCUGUUUUUCUUUAAAUAUAAUCGGGAAGGAUGUUUUUUAAAAACAACAACCAGCAGUUGCUAAGGGACCAAGAGCUGGAAAUUGAAUCUCAACCCGGAUUAGAAUGGUUAAGGUUACAAACAAUCCUGAACAAAAACACUUGGGAUGCAUUUUUAAAUAAAAUAAAAUAAAAAUCCAAAGUAGGCUCCAUACAUUUGCUGUGUUAUCUUAAAGCGCUAGGAAACAUCUUCCAUUGAAAUAGGUGGGAUAUCCAAAUAAUUGCAUUUAGCACUCUGAACUGGAAUUUUUUAAAAAAGGUUUGAGUGCACAAUAUUCGAAAGAAACGAUCCCCCAAAGGGUGGUGGUAGGAAGAUAUUUCCAAGUAUUUUGGGACUCAGAUAUUGCCCAUAUACAAUACUCAGCAGAUCAGUACUCUCAGAUCCUAAGCAUGUCUAUUUCACAAGAAAACCAGCGGUCGGUGCUUCCAGGUCUGCUCAGGGUCUAAGUUAACAUGGGGGGGAGCGAGGCUAUAACAGCACAUCUCAUACAUUAAUUCCUUAACUUGGGAUACCGGGGUGAGGGCAUUCAUUGCCUUGGAAGGGACUUUAUUGGAAAUACAGGAAGUCUACAAGCAGGCUCUGGUGACUGUCGUCUCCAAAAAGAACCGCUGGGUCUUAUCCCUCCUUGUGACUUGGCCAUUUAUAACCAGUAAACAUAUGCAACACGUGUGUGUAUAGGGGAAUUUAAAAUCUAUUCGUUUUCCAUUCAGUUGGAGAGAGAGAGAGAGUUGUUGUGUAGACAGUAUUGAGCUGUGGGAGGGAGAAUGAUGAAUGAGUAGAUGCAAAGUCGUUUGUGGGGGCUGAUUUAUUUUGUAAGUUCAGUGUUUACUUAGACACAUAUUCCACAACCUCACAGGCCAUUUGUCCAACAACCUGAGAUUCUGGGUAGCUUAUACACUAUUGGGCUGUUCAGUGAGCCGAAGGACUUUUUUUUUUGCUUUGCUUUGCUUUGCUUUAAAGUGUGUGUCCAACGCCUGCAAAUAUGAAAGUCUUUUAUAGUUCAAAUAAAGUUCGUCCUAUAUUUGGAGAAGCACUUAACAGUCUGUUCGCUCGCGUUUGGAGAGCGAGCCGAUUCAGAAAACCGUUAAGCCGGAAAAUUAAGUAGGCCACAACAAAUACUAUAUUAUAGAUGAGCCUACAAUUCUGUGCAAGCUUCGCUUGGGUGUAAACCCCACAGAACUCCCAGGCCUUCAACUGAGUAGACGCGUGUUGGGUUGCCGUGGAAGCCGCUUUCCUUUCCAAGGGUUGCGCUUUUGCGCUGCAUCCGGCUCCUCAGGCGAUCCUAUACACACAGCGGCUGCUCAGAAGGCUCAGGGAAGCGUACUCCAUUGCACCAACUCCGCAGCCCUAGCUGGGUUGUGUUAAGUGUGUGGAUCUGAUCCCUCCACGUUUUGCGAGAAAGCCCGUUUCAGAAGAAGAGCUUGCUCCGUUUGCUCCGAGGCCUCUCAAGCAAACGGACCGAGGCUCCUUUUACGCCUCCCUCCUGCCAAAGAGGUGCGGGCGGGAGGAGGUUAACCCAGAUAAAACGCAGAGAGAUAAUCUCUUUGUUUCUCUUCUCCGUCUCCUCUCCCGGAACAGAACGAGAUCCUGAAAAGUACAGUGAGCAGCAACGACAAGAAGACGAAAGGCAGGACGGGCUGGCCGCAGCACGUGUGGGCUCUGGAGCUCAAGCAAUGAGGCGCUAGCAGGACUGCAGGGAAGGAGCGCCCGAGGAAGCCUCGUCUUGCCGGGGGACUCUCUGCGCCUUCGAGAGAGCCGCUGCCGAGCUGAGGACUUGUUGUUGUUGUUGUUUUGGAAUCGUCUGGUUUAUUUAUGUGCAAUUUCCCUCCCCUAGUCUCGCCUUUAAAAAAAAAACCCAAAAAACCGCGGAUCUUGGAAGAAAAGCAUUCCAUAUUUGAAUAUAUGAAGAAGAAAACUCCGGCGUGGUAAGGGGGAUAAUGGCGUCUCCAUAGUUUUUUGUUUUGUUUUUCCCCCCUCCUUCCUCCUCUCUCCCCUUCAUUGAAUGUUAUUUUUGCUUUAUUUGUAUAGAACACACGGGACAAAAAGAAAGAAAGAAAUCUCGCAGGCAUUAGGGUGUCAUGUGAAGUGUAUGUGUUUAAUACUUGCCCCGUUGGGUCAACGUGUUGAUGGCGAUAUCAAAGCAGGAGCCCACAAUUUCUGCGUCUUGGGCCGAGUCCGGGGCUUCCCAGGUUUGUCCUUUUCCCCAUUGUGGUCGCUCAAGGAGCUGGGAGAGAUUUUGCGACAGCUCUUUUGUCCAAGUGCGCUUCGGUCCUUAAGGAAGCGAACCGAACGUUAAAAAUUAAAAUAAAAGUAAAAACGAAUCGUCCGUGGAGCUGAAUUUAAUAACGCAAAGGUGUAAACGCUGUACGUAUUCAAUAAACCACUGUGUGUGUGUUUUCUAAAACGAAAAUGUUCGAUGCAUUGAAAUGUU